CUAAUGGGUGUGGUUUAAAGACCCAGACCAAGUGUGGGAUAGGGCAUUACUUAAGCAAACCAAAUAUCUGUGCUUUCCUACUCCGCAGGAAAGAGGUCCACAGUCUCCUGGUCUACAGAAGAAACAACAUGAGCACAGCAGGAAAAGUAAUAAAAUGCAAAGCAGCUGUGCUAUGGGAGGUAAAGAAACCAUUUUCCAUCGAGGAGGUGGAAGUCGCACCCCCCAAGGCCCAUGAAGUUCGUAUUAAGAUGGUGGCCACAGGCAUCUGUCGCUCAGAUGAUCAUGUAGUUAGCGGAAACCUUGCCGUACCUUUCCCUGUGAUCCUAGGCCACGAGGCUGCCGGCAUUGUGGAAAGCAUUGGAGAAGGGGUAACUUCAGUAAAACCAGGCGAUAAAGUCAUUCCACUCUUCACUCCCCAGUGUGGAAAAUGCAGAAUCUGUAAGCACCCAGAGAGCAACUACUGCUUGAAAAAUGAUCUGGACAAACCCCGGGGAACCCUGCAGGAUGGCACCACCAGGUUCACCUGUCGAGGGAAGUCCAUCCACCACUUCCUCAGCACCAGCACCUUCUCCCAGUACACAGUGGUGGAUGAGAUCUCAGUGGUCAAAAUCGAUGAUGCCUCACCACUGGAGAAAGUCUGCCUCAUCGGCUGUGGAUUUUCGACUGGCUAUGGGUCUGCCGUCAAAGUCGCCAAGGUCACCCGGGGCUCUACCUGUGCCGUGUUUGGCCUGGGAGGAGUUGGCCUGUCUGUUAUCAUGGGCUGCAAAGCAGCAGGGGCAGCCAGGAUCAUUGGUGUGGACAUCAACAAGGACAAAUUUGCAAAGGCCAAAGAGGUGGGUGCCACUGAAUGCAUCAACCCUCAAGACUACAAGAAACCCAUCCAGGAGGUGCUAAGGGAAAUGAGUGACGGCGGUGUGGACUUUUCAUUUGAAGUCAUUGGUCGGCUUGACACCAUGAUGGCUGCUCUGUUAUGCUGUGAAAAUUCAUGUGGUGUAAGCGUCAUUGUAGGGGUGCCUCCUGGUUCCCAAACCCUCUCAGUGGACCCUAUGCUGUUAUUGACCGGACGCACUUGGAAAGGCGCGAUUUUUGGUGGUUUUAAGAGUAAAGAUUCUGUCCCCAAACUUGUAGCUGAUUUCAUGGCUAAGAAGUUUUCAUUGGAUCCAUUAAUAACCCAUGUUUUGCCUUUUGAAAAAAUUAAUGAAGGAUUUGACCUACUUCGCUCUGGAAAGAGCAUCCGUACCGUCCUGACAUUUUGAGACCAUACAGAUACCUUCCCUUGUAGCAGUUUUCAACCUCCUCCCCCCUAUGUCAUCUGGACCACCAGCGAGACAACACCAGUAAUUCUGUUCUUCCAAGAUUCUGUCAAUCAAUUAUAUGUGGAAACUUUCCAAGAAAGAGAAACUGAUGUGAAAUUAUUUUUCAUGCAAAUGUUAAAAUCCAAGACAGAGCUAGAUAAAGAGUUGAACGUCAGCUGGGAAUCAAAGCUAGUAACUUUCAUUCUGAAUCAUUUUACUUUUGUUGUCUUUCCCAUUGAGUAAAGAUAUUUCUUGUGA